GCCAUUGUGACGAAACAUGGUUUUUAAUUCGACUAAACAAUCAGACCGUCCUAAAUCUGCUUAUUUGGUCCUUACUAGGGAAAAGGAUUUCAAGUAUAUGUAUUCUUGAUUUGGAACAUAUGUUUUAUCAGGUUAUUUUUAUGAUCCUAGCAGGUGCUCUGGAUUUUUCCUUCAUUUUCAUUUCAGUUUUAGAAGAGACAAAUUGGUUUCGAUUCCGUUUUUGUAGCAUUUAUUUUUUAGGGAGUUUCCUGCAUUUAUUUUUAUUUUUUUUACUUGAGCGACACAGAGACGUUGGUGCAGAAUGAAGGACUCGAGUCAAUCGGCGCCGGCGGGCCUUUUGGUGGCAAAUCUGAAGUCUUGGGAAACGUUCGACUGGCCGACGGAGCAGCAGCGUUGGAUCUACCGCAGUUGGGGCCAGUACUUUGCCCGGAUGCGGAAGAACACCUUUGCCCAGAAGUACUUCGACAAAUGCAUCACAGAGAAUGAGAGCACGGAUCACAAGGCUCUUUAUCUGCGCAGCAAGUUCAAGAGAUCGGUGGCCCUGACGCAGGAGGCAUUGGAGGAUAGUUUGAGGGCCAUGGAGGUAAGGCAGGCGUGGGACGCGAAUGUGUCCAUGGAGCUCGGAGAUGCCCUCUACGAUUUGAAUCGGUUUGAGGAGAACAAGAGCCUGCUGCACGACAAUGUCCGUCGGCACGCGGGCACCGCUCUGAAGAGCUUCGAGAAUCGCCUCCUGCUGGUCGAUGAGAAUCUCAAGGAUUGCACGGGCUUCAGCUUGGCCAACUUCUUCAUGGAGCACUCCUCGCAGCUGCCCGGCUUCUAUGCCCAUCAGCAGGAGGAGCUACGGAGGGCCGACACGCGGCCGCUGUGGAAAAUCCUCAAGGAGCGAAAGGAGUGUGACGUCCAGAGCACGAUCGAUCGCAAGGAGGUGAUGCUCUCCCCACUGGAAAGAGAGCGCAGGCGUCGCAAGACCAAGAUCUUUUAUCAGAACUAUCUGGGUCGCGGCUGGACCGAUUUCUUCUUUCUGAAAACACUUCGCCGGCAACCCAACUGUCUCCUGGACAAUCAUUUCGGCUCCUCGCCGGACCGCACCAAGUAUCUGGAGUAUGCGUUCCAGCGCCUUAAGACCUUCACGCGGAUGCUCCAGGCAAGGAGACCCAUGUACAAGGAGUACUACCAUCGGAAUCCCCGGAUAGAGGCUCGCAUGCGGGAUGCGAACUUGUUCCGGAUCCAGUACCAAACCAGGCGAAACAUGCUGAGCAUCCUGCGGACCAUUAAGGUGCUGAGGGGGCGGAAUGACAUCAAGCGCCUGCGCAAGUUUGUGGAGGAAGUGAUGGGCAGCUACGUGGUCAUCAAGACGAACCGACUGAUGCCCUGGAAGGCGGAGUUCAUGAACGAGGUGUACAACAAUCUGGCCCUCAGUUUGUGCGAGGGAUACCGCCUGCCGGCCACGCGGGUCACGCCCUACGACAAGGGCGCCAUGUGCCAGCUGCUCAACAUUCCGGUGGCCAAGCCCCUGGAGCACACGGAGCUCAUCUUCGGGGAUCGAUCCACCUACUCCUAUGCCGGCGCCGACAAACAGAGCACGGAUCGAUUGGCAGACCAAAACCAUAUCGAGUACCUGGAGAAACGACUGCUCUUCGCCCGCCUGCCGAUCGAAAGGAGCUACUUGCUCCACGAGCUGGCCGAUCGGCAUAUGCAGCAGAACCACUUUGUGCAGAGCCUGUCCUACGCCCAGAAGGCCAUCGAGGAGGCCAGGGUAUGCAAUAGCCUCAUCUGGGAGUUCCUCAGCACCAUGCUGAUGGCCAAGUCACACGCGGUGCUCCACAAGUACGAGCGCCAAACGGAGGUGCUCAACUCCGCCUACGAACUGGCCGCCCAGCUCAAGUCGCCCCAACUGUGCACCUUCAUCGAACUGUGCCGCAUGCUCAACAAGGACUACAUCACGCUGCGCAAGAUGUCCCAACUGGUGACCACCAAGCGGCUGCGCACCAAGAUCUCCAACAGGUCCAGUUUCCUCAGCUCACCCAACUGUUCGCCCAACUUCUCGGAAUACAAGAAGGACGAGUAUGGCCAUUUGGCCGCCUAAGUCGGCGGAUUGGAUGGAAGGCAGUGCUCAUGGCAGUGCCUUCUAUUCGAACCGUUGCCUUUGGUGGCCAAGUGUAUUGUGUGCGGAUUGUGUGGCUAUCCGCUAAAGCAAAUCGAGUUCCUACCAGAAAAUCGUUAAAGUAAAAGUUCAGAGCCAGGUGUUUGUAGCAUUAAAAGUAUGCCCUUGCAUGUAAUGUAACUAAAUCGUACAAAUGCACUGAAGAAAAAACAAAAUCCUAUAAAUAUAUCUAAACUUAAACGUUCAUAUGUGCUGAAUUGAGCUGUUAUUCCAAUGACACUAUUUGUGGGACUAUAUAAAUGUUUACCGAUGAUACAUUCAAUUUAGUAAUGACCUUCGAGAAUGUGUGACUUAAAAUCGAACAGCGAUACCCUUUGGCAUGAAAAUAAUCCGAAAUUAAAAUGUCACUGCCCCAUAUUUGAAUACAAAUGAACGGCAUGAAUAAAGUUAACAAAGUGCAGGGAUUGUAAAAACUAUUAAAUGGGCCAACGAAAUCAAUGGCAAUGAGAUACAAAACUAACAUCAAAAUAAAAUCAUUUAAAAAGGCAUAACAAUUAAAAAUCACCAUAUCGCAUUUCAACGAGAUUAUAACAAUAACAAAAAGACGUUUCUUUUUUCGGCUGCACUUAUUUUUGGUCAAACGAAAUACAAUCUAAACAAAAUUCCGGACGGUCCUGGCAUAAAAAAUUUGUUUUCACACUCUUAAAUUAUUUAUGUUCGAUGGGGCGGGUAUGCGAUUGCACUUGAAUCCAAUUUGGCCAAUACCCCCCACCACGCCCCUCUACCGCACGACUGACCUCGCCCAACUAGAAACUACGAUUUGCAUAUUUUGUUGCUACCAUCGUUGUUAUUUUUGCCAUUUUUCGUCGUUGUUGUCAGCAUUGAAUUGUCGCAUGUUGGCCAGGGUUGGGAACUGCAAACUGCAAACUGCAAACUGGAACUAGAACUGGGCCUGAAAGAGAAAUUACAUUUUAUUUUGUCGCAUGUCGCGGAUGGCCAACAACAAACAACAAAAGGCAAAAGGCGUAUGGAAAAGGGGGAUACGAAGUUCAAAAAUAGCAGAUACUCUUGCAUUUGCAUAGUGGAGAGUACCAUUCGUUGGUGAAAUUUAACUACAAUACUUCAAACUCUUACAAUAAUAUCUGUACAUCUUAAUGUACUUCUUACCGAAAAGAUGGCAUACGAAGUUGGGGAGUAGAAGAUAAUCUGUUUCUUCAAAGUCUUUAUUAUUGGAGUGCUAUUCGUUGGUGAAAUUUAAUUACAAUACUUCACACUUUUAUAAUAAUACCUGUACAUACUAAUACACCUCUUAAGGGAAAGGGGUCAUAGAAAGUUAGGGAUCAGAAGAUACAGUGUUUCUUCAAUUGCCUAAUAAUAAAUUAGUUUUAUUCUUAAUUAUAA